ACCUACGUAGUAUCCUAAUAAUCUGUGUACAGACUACUUGUGGGUCAACUGAGUAAACAAUUAAUUUGUUUCAAUUUCAAGAGGAAUUAAUUUAAAAUAUUCGUUCUCACUAAAAUGACUGAAGCUCAAGCAGACAUUGCCUUGAUAGGCUUAGCUGUAAUGGGUCAAAAUUUGAUCCUCAAUAUGGACUCCAGAGGAUUUGUUGUAUGUGCAUUUAACAGAACUGUUGAAAAGGUGGAUCAAUUCCUUGCAAAUGAAGCUAAGGGAACAAAAAUUAUUGGAGCAAAAUCCUUACAAGAUAUGGUAGCAAAGCUUAAAAAACCCAGAAAAGUUAUGUUACUAGUAAAAGCUGGUUCAGCAGUUGAUGAAUUUGUCAAAAAGUUGGUGCCAUUAUUGGAAAAAGGUGACAUUAUUAUUGAUGGUGGCAACUCGCAGUACACAGAUACUCAACGUUGGUGUAAAGAGCUUUCUCCAACUGGAAUACUUUACGUUGGCAUGGGUGUUAGCGGUGGGGAAGACGGAGCUCGAUAUGGUCCAUCACUCAUGCCUGGAGGUCAUACAGCCGCUUGGCCACAUGUCAAGCCAAUUUUCCAGGCUAUUACUGCUAAAGCCAAUGGGGAGCCGUGCUGCGAUUGGGUCGGAGAAGACGGCGCUGGCCACUUCGUCAAGAUGGUGCACAACGGUAUUGAGUACGGAGACAUGCAGCUGAUAUGCGAAGCUUAUCACCUUAUGAAGGACGUACUUGCGAUGGAGCAGAACGAAAUGGCUCAGGUAUUUGAUGAAUGGAACAAAGGGGAACUGGACUCGUUCCUUAUUGAGAUUACGCGUGACAUUUUGAAGUUCAAGGACACGGAUGGUAAAUACCUCCUACCUAAGAUUCGCGACACUGCCGGUCAGAAGGGUACUGGCAAGUGGACUGGCAUCAGUGCUUUGGAGUACGGAGUACCCGUAACGCUAAUAGGAGAGGCUGUCUUCGCUCGCUGCUUGUCCGCCUUGAAAGAGGAACGGGUGACCGCCAGUAAGAGCCUGGUGGGACCUUCGCAGAAAUUCACCGGUAACAAGAAGGAGUUCCUAGAGCACUUACGUAAGGCAUUGUACGCUAGCAAGGUCAUAUCUUACGCGCAAGGGUUCAUGCUGCUGAGGGAAGCUGCUAAGGUAAACAACUGGAAUUUGAACUACGGAGGCAUUGCGCUGAUGUGGCGAGGGGGAUGCAUCAUAAGAAGUGCUUUUCUUGGAAACAUUAAGAAUGCGUUCUCAAAGAGCCCUCAGCUGUCCAACCUCCUUCUGGACCCGUACUUCCGCGAGCGUAUCGCCGAUUGCCAACUGUCGCUGCGCCAAGUGGUCGCACAGGCUGCGUUGCUCGGAGUACCUUCGCCGGCCUUCGGUGCCGCACUGGCGUUCUAUGACGGAUACAGGGCUGGCGUGCUGCCGGCGAACUUGCUACAGGCGCAGAGAGACUACUUUGGCGCGCACACUUACGAACUGUUGUCGAAACCAGGCGAAUUCGUUCACACGAACUGGACCGGCCACGGUGGUAAUGUAUCCGCGUCGACUUACAACAAGUAGAUAUACUACUCCGACAAUAUGUACUAUACGUUAUAAGUAAGAUACAGACAGACUGGUCCUUUAUACGCAACGUAUUUGCAAUGCAUUAUAACAGCUGCAACUGCCUUAUUUAUGAUAAUUUUUACUAAACAAAGGCCAAAUAAAGACAUAAUUAAAGUAAAUAAACCAUGACUAUGCUUGCCAGAAAAAAGGACACAGAUACUAACCGUCCUUUUCUCUCUCACGCAAAUACUGUCUUAGUACCGCCGCCAUGUUUAUUUCUAAUCUCAAGCAGUGUUUCUGUCUAAAGCGCAUAGUCACCGGUGUAAUUACAGGCCACAGAAUUAAGAACAUACAGAAACCGUGUAAACUACUAAUAUUGAAGCAUCAAAAACCACUCCACUUUAGUAGUUUCUCGAACAGGUCCUGGUUAAUCAGUUCAUUCCUUUUAGCAGUUGACGGUGAUUAUUUCAGCUCUAAUGCGCUAAACGUUUACCAUCAAAUGGGGAAAAUGGAAACAGUUUGUGAGCUAGCAAUAUUCCGCGGGUGUGAAGUGAGACUUGCGCGGGGAGUUUUCACGUAUAUUGGACACAUUGCACCGCAUGCAAUCAGUGGCGUGCAUAUAGGGUAUGGUAUGAAUAACCUUAAGUAUUUAUAACCCUUACGUAAUUAUAGCUCGUACUGGAGAUUUUCUUUAUUUUGUAUCAUCUGCAUACCCUCUAUGCACGCCACUGCAUGCAAUAAAGGCUGAAUGAGGAUUCUGUAUGUUCUUGAUUCUGUGUUACACUUUGCAGGACGCAUUUACUUUGUUUAUAGGCGAUAGUUUUCUACUUGCCUUGGGCUUGUUCCGCCAUUUAUUAAAAUGAAAAAGGUUUUGUUUUUGCCUCGUUUUAACUUACAAUAAUAAGCUAAAGAAAUUUAAUUACCUCAGCAAUUUUUUUAAGAAACUAAUAAAACAAACCUUGUUUUUUUGUGAGUCAUGCGAAUACUGUAUACAGAGUAUUAUGCACUAUCGUGAAAAGGAACGUUGCGUGUGUAGGACCAGUGACCAGUUUUUUUCUUAACCUACCGUUAACUUUCAGUUAAAAGUCAUCAUCGUUCCUCUUUAAUAAGUGAUUUUAAUUUCAAUUAAAAAUUAUGUGGAUAUAUGCUUACAUAACAGAAAAUAUGUUUUUUCUAUUGCUAGAGCAAUCUUUACGCUAAAAAGUAAUCAAAAUAUGAUAAUGAUUUCUUACAUUUCAUAACAAGUUAGGAAAAAUGGAAUUUAUUUAACUAUUAGUUUGCUCCUGGCAUACUGAGUUCUUAUUAUAAUAGAACUUAUUCAAGUUGAUUAUAUUACUAUAAAAUUGUAGUUGUUCAUGUUGAACAUGAGAAAAGAGGAACGAGCAUUUACUUUUCAUACAUACAAAUAUAGUAUUGGGACUGCAAAUAAUUAGCAAAUUGGUAUGAAUAAACUGAAUUGAAACUGCCGAUCAUCUUCACGUACGGUAGUUUUUUGCAGUUGUAUCAACUGUAAUACAACUACAUCCAAACUGCAAUAUUUUGCAGUUGCCUUCUCAUUGUAAUGCUGUCUAUUUGUCUAUUUGUAUACUCUAAGUUGAUACGUUUAUAAAAUACAUUCCCAAAAAAUAAUAAAACUUUUUCUACAUUUACGUACUUUAUACAUAUUUAUAUUUGUUGAUGUUUAAAAUUUAUAAAUUAAGCUUUAUGUUAAUGAUCAAAUUUAACCACAUGUGAUAUAAUUCAUAAGCAUUUUGCUGUCUCAAAAUUUUAAUAAUUAAUUUAUUUGAAAGAAUCUAAGGUUUAUGGUUUUAUAAUAGUUUAUGGUUAAGUAGUUUGAAUAUUUUUUAUACUUCCAGCUUGUGUUUUGAACAGGAACCAAUUUACUAUUUACAAAUGUGUAAUAGUGAGUGAGAAUAAAAUGGGUGCUUCGCAA